UAAAGGUUGACAGCAGAGCAGAAUCGAUUGACAAGAAGAUUGCCCGUCUUGAUGCUGAACUCAUGAAAUAUAAAGACCAGAUGAAGAAAAUGAGGGAAGGACCCUCCAAGAACAUGGUCAAGCAAAAAGCCCUGCGAGUUCUUAAGCAGAAAAGAAUGUAUGAACAGCAAAGAGAUAAUCUAACUCAGCAAUCCUUCAACAUGGAGCAAGCCAAUUACACCAUCCAAACACUAAAAGACACAAAAACAACGGUGGAAGCAAUGAAAAUUGGAGCAAAGGAAAUGAAGAAAGCGUACAAGGCAGUCAAAAUUGAUCAGAUUGAGGAUAUACAAGAUCAGUUAGAAGAUAUGAUGGAGAACGCAAAUGAUAUCCAAGAAGCUCUGAGCCGCAGUUAUGGGACCCCUGAAAUUGAUGAGGAUGAUCUUGAAGCAGAGCUGGAUGCAUUGGGAGAUGAACUCCUGUUAGAUGAGGACAGCUCUUACUUGGAUGAAGCAGCCUCCGCUCCUGCAAUUCCUGAAGGCGUUCCAAGUGACUCGAAAAAUAAGGAUGGCGUGUUGGUAGAUGAAUUUGGACUGCCACAGAUUCCAGCUACAUAAUUUUACACCAUGUUACAAACUGCUGAAGUAAACCCCUUCAUCUUUAUCUUUUCAGUGGAUUUUUUUCUGCUUUAAAUUUAUCUAACAGUUUCCUUUUUUUAUAGCUGAACAAAAAUCUCAGACUUUUCAUAUUUUAACUUUUGCUAAAGUCACUACAACCCUAUUCAUGGGACAAAUUAUUUAAUGUACUUUUGUGACAUUUUGGGAGCAGGUCUCCACAGCCCCCAAGGAAGAUCAUGUCCUGUGCUACCGUUACUUCACACGUGCAUGGAACAAUAACAAUAAUAAGCAAAAAUCUACUUUUGUAUAAAACCAUCUCAGACUGGGAGACCUGCGAAGAUGCCAUACGACUUCCAUGUGUACUUGUUUUUGAGAAAAUGCAGCUUUAUUCUCCAAGAAAGUAGAAAUUACUUGUAAACCCAAUAUAGUAAAGUCCAGUCACAUAGGUGUAAAAUGAAAAAUGGAUCACGGUUGCAUCCGGCAUAGUUUCAUAAUUAAUUUAAAGCUUCAUAACCAGAAUUUAACAACCAUUAAAGUGCUGUUGUGUGUGUGUAUAUAUUUUUCACAUCAUUUUUUUUUUUUUUUUUUUUUUUUAAAGUAGUCAUAGUUACAAUAGGAUUAAAAUCCAGAUACUCCAUGUCUCUUAAGUUACAUAAUAAAAGAGUAUGAUUGCUAUUGAAUUAUUAGUUUGUUUUCUCGAUGUCUAAUUUAAAUAUUGUGUCUGUGAUGGCGAAAGAUGUCAAACAAUAGAUUGUUCUGGAAAUGAUGUGAUACAGUAUGAUUAAAGAUGCCACAGCUCAG